GGUCACAGUUGACUUACGGACUUUGCAGAGCUUCAGUCAUACACACAAUGAUGAACUUCACCUUGAUAACAGCUUUGAUUCUCUGCAGCCUCAGCUGGAUCUCUGUCUCAGCUUCUGAGUCUCAGACUGUGAAUGUCCAGCCUGGUGAAGAAGCCACACUGCUGUGCUCUAAGACGUCUGAAUCUGACAAUGUGGCAUUAUGGUUCAGAUUGGUCAACAGAACCAAGGCCAACUCCAUUUCCACUAUGACCAGCUCUACCAAUGAACCUGUCUACUUUGAUGGAUUUAAAAAUGGAAAAUUUGAAAUGGGAUCCAACACCUCCGCUGUCUCUCUUAAAAUUAAGAGAGUGAAUUUUUCUGACUCUGGGCUGUAUUUCUGUGGAUUUAACAUAGAGGGAAGGAUAAUUUUAAGUGGGAUACAUUUAAAUGUUGAAGCAGAGUGUGACAGAAUAACAAUGUUGACGAGUGUGAUCCUGGGCGGUCUGACUGUUUUCCUCGUAAUGGUCAUCGUUGGUCUGGUUGUUAAAAACAGGAAACUUCAGACAGCUGCCAGUGAAGAACAGAAUCCACAACAGCGUGAGAAUCUGGGCUCUGAUGAGCUGAACUACGCAGCAGUGAAUUUCUGUCCAAAAGGAAGAAGAAGAGAAGUGGAGCCGAAUGUUGUGUAUUCUGCUACUAGAUAGGCUCAGGAGGCAACAAGUAAUGCUGUUCAGAAUGGAACUGAUGUUUUAUCAUAUUAAUCUGCAGUUGUGCUUUUGUGUGUGUGGUGGACAGGAGGAUUUAUCGUCACUUUGUCACACAAAGGACAAAGAAAAUGUGCAGUCUUCUUCCUAGUGCUGUGUUUUAAUUCUUAUCCCUCUUUCAAAGACGUAAUUAGAGAACAUCAAAACAGGUAGUAGAUAUUUUAAAUGCUGACUUAAAGGUGGGGUAUGCGAUUCUGGAGAAAUCCAAUACUAUGACAAAUACCAUGAUUUAACAUUAGUUAGGUUGUGGGUUAGCAAACUGUGCUACAGUUCCUGCUGCGAAGCAGCCAGAGAGGACGAGACGGUUUCCCAGAGCCAGCACAGCAGCUCCAGACAGCGAUACUCACAACUCUCCUGCUACUACAGCUAACAUCACAACAGCAGCAUAUCUUGGCAAAGCAUCAUCGAUGUAAACACAGACUCCUCCUUUCAUCUUGCCGGAGUCUUGCGCUCUGUCAGCUCGAAACAUGGUCCGCCCGUCGAGUGCUUGAUCCGGGAUGUUGAUGGAGCAGGUCUCUGUAAAGAUGUGUCUGAUUCCCGUUGCCUGGCCAGUCUGAGUCCCAUUUCGUCCAGACCGGGCAUUAGCCAGUAGUCCAAGCUGGGCCAGCAUGGCUCCUAUCCCUGCUGUCUUUCCUCUCCUCCGCCGCCGUGGUGCCUGCCUGGCCCGGUUGAUCUGGCUCAAGGUCCGCUACUCUUUAAUCCAAACCCUGGCUUCCUUUUCCGAUGACAACAGUGAUAUAUUACUGUCAUAGGUAAUACGUGUUUCAGCAAUAAAGCCGAGACACAGGCCGCACCAUCUGCACGCGCAGCCGUUGCCAUAGUCAAAAUCUUUUGAUCCAGUUGAUUGAAUCAAAUCCAACCAGACAUCAUUAUUGAUGUUUCAGCAAUAAAGUAAAAAAACAAAUAAAAGGUUAAAACAAAAAUGUAGCAAAAUCAGUUACUGAAGCCAUUUCUGAGUUUAACUGUUUAUUUCGCAUAAAGCAUCUGUACUGUUGAGAGAUUACCAUGAAUGGGAUUAAAGCAUGAUCUAACAUAAAAUCGAGAGGCCUGGUUGUGGGUGUCAGGUGGUGGAUUCACCAAGAAGAGGGUACACAGAGAAUAGGUACACAGAGAAUGAACCCUUUAACAACGUGUGUCAGGAGCUGGGCUUUGGAGGAUGAUUGUAGGAUAUGUGUAAUGGAUGGGCAAUAACAAAUAAUCACCAAUCCACAGAACAACAAUAAAUACAUCAACAGCAUUUGGGGUGAAGUCACCACUUUCAGAAUACACAAUUUGUCCCAGUCUUGCCUGUAUGGGGUAUAAGCAACAAGAUAAGCAAUAAAAAACACCCCGCCUCUCUGCAUUGAGAGCACCCUUCCUGGGGCAGACUUCAGUUACGGACAUUGCAGAGCUUCAGUCACACGCAUAAUGAUGAACUUUACCUUGAUAACAGCUUUCAUUCUCUGCAGCCUCAGUAAGUACUGACAUUGAAUUAUUCUCAACUUCAUUGCUAAGUUUAUUAUUGUAUGUUUAACCCGCUGUAUAACUUAUUUACUUAUUACUCACUUGCUAACUUUUAUUAAGAGAUAUUGUUUGCCGCCAUGUUACUUUACAACAAGUAAGUCUCUUGUCGUCUGCUGUUUGUUUCAGGCUGGAUCUCUGUCUCAGCUUCUGAGUCUUGUGGGUGGAGGGAGGA